AUGUCCAAGAAUGCAUGCAGUAUACCAAUGCCGGAAUCCUUUGCCAAGCUUUUUUUUGUCACACAAUCGCAUCUUGGCGGUGCAAAGGUCUCCCACAGAAUGAAACAGUAUGUUUUUGGCCAAAGAUCAGAUAACAUCUCAGUUUUUGAUAUAGAAAAAUCCUGGGAGAAGUUUGUACUUGCAGCUAGAGCCAUUACAGGAAUUAAGUUUCCCGAGACUAUCUGUGCAGUCAGUGGCAAAACGUUUGGCCGAAAGGCUGUUCUUAAAUUUUCAGAGAGUGUCGGCUGCAAGCCAAUCACUUCAAGAUUUAUUCCUGGAUCUUUUACAAACACCACCGUUAAAGGAAGUAUAGAGCCAAGACUUAUUAUAGUUUCUGAUCCAGUAUUUGAUAAACAGGCUAUCAAUGAGGCAUCGAUGGUUAAUUGCCCCAUUAUUGCAUUCUGUAAUACCGAUGCAUCUCUUUCCAAUGUUGAUAUUGCCAUUCCAAUUAACAACAGGUCUCCAAGAGCUAUCGGUGCAUCAUUCUUCAUACUUUCAAAGUUAGUGAACUAUAUAAAGCACGGUGACGGUCUUGAAGAUAAUAUGAAGAAUGUUGAGCUAUUCUUCUUCAGGGACCCAAUUGAACUUGAGAAGCUCCUUGAAGAGCACAUUGCAGAAAGCAAGGUUCAGUUUGCACCUGCAGCACCACAAUGUGAUGAGGGUGACUUUGGACGGUCUGCGAUUGAAACAGAAACAGGCUCUGGUUGGGAAUAA